CAUUACCACGUUCAGACGUCUCCACAAUGGCUGCUCAAGGACAGAUGCAAGACAAACGCCUGCAGGCCCGCGAGCGGGUGUUAAAGAUCUCUGUUGUAUACUCCAACCUGACACGCAUCUUCAAAGAAACCCAACUCCUCGACCACACAACUCUGAACGACAAUGAUCUCGAGAACCUCAGAAUCAAGCUAUCCGAGCUUGACCUGACCGGAGACUGUCACGGGGCUUCCGAACUCUUUUACAAACCACGACCAACAGAGGACCUGCCCAAGACUGACUGGAAGGCUGUGAGAUUUUCGGACUGGACGGAGGGAAUCAGUGGUGAACCACGCCGGGUGGAACAUACCCUCCAGAGUGCUUCGAAUGAGCUCUGGUGGGGUAGAGAGCAUCCCUGGGUUCAACGAAAGUGCUACCACGAGUAUCCCAGUAUUGCAACUGGCGAGCGCACACCCAGCGAUCCAUAUCAGUGGCAGACCUGCUCCGACAUUGAGAUAGAAUCCGGCGAUCUGCCUCACUGCAGCUUUCGAGUGUUUCAUUACGCCGAGCCGGAGGAACCUUUGCGUCGCAGUGAAGUCCUGCCUAUUGUGGGGUAUAUGAGAGCUAGGUUGGGCCGAGGUGAAUAUUUUCGCCACUCUAAGUUUCCGGCGUACCACGAUGGACUUCAUCUGUACAUCGCCAAAUCCCAGUUUGUUGACUUCAAAGAAAACAAGCGCGAGAACUACGAAUUGUUCGUCCGCUGGAUUCUCGGGGUGCCUUGCGGUGAUACCACGGCCACUCUGGCCAUCGAGGGCCAGAAGUUGGGUGAAGCCAACAGCCGUCGCCUUGAUGCCUUCCUGAAAAGGCGCUUCCCACCCGGCAGCAAUGAAUGAAGAGUAGUAGUUGGCUUGAGUGCUUGUUAGCUGAUAGCUGCAAUGUUUUGAAUGUAGGCAAUC